GCGCUCAGCUUCCACUGCAGUUCAGCCUGAUUCAACUGCUUCAUGGAGUAUAUACAGACCAAACUCUUGGAGGGGAUCGUAGAGCUGGACAAACAGAAAUAAGGAUGGUCUAUACCACGGCUUUGCUCUUUGGACACGGAGUGCCCGGCAUGACGGAGGAGGACAGUGUCCUGGAGAUGAUGGAAAAGUACUUCUUCCAGCUCACACCCCCGGGGCCGAAGACGAGCUCAGCCCGGAGGGGGAGUGUCGAGAGUUGCGAGGAUAGAGAGAACUGCUCGUCAUUUGACAGUUUGGACGCCGGGUUGGAACAUGAGGAGCGGCUCCUCCAGCAGGACGUGACCCAGCAGAUAGAGCGUCCGGAGCCCAGGGCUCCCCCCCUCCACUGCCAGGUGCUGCUGCUACCUCGCCACGUGACCACCAGGGUCGGGCAGGACGUGGUGCGCUCCUCGGCCGACGAGCCCUGCGGCCUCCGAGGUGCCUCCAUCCAGGUCUACGUAGACUGCAAAGACGGGCUGAAGUCUGUGGGGAGCGUCUUCCCUGACCCGAGUGUCACCCCGACUUUUGAACUAUCUGUGAUCUUCAAGGCAGACAAAGAUGGCGGCUGGCCGCCACUGAGACGCAUCUUUGAUACCAACAAAGUGUUGAAGCUGAGAGCGGAGUACCGACUGGUGAAGAGGAAGCUCUACUCCUCUGCCAGUCCUGUCAUUCAUGACUUCAACUAGCGUGUUAACCCCGGUUGUUUUGUGUGAUGUGACUGUUCUUGUUCAUGUUUUAAAUGCCAGGCUCCAUGCGCACUGGAUGCUGGAUUUACUCUGCACUAGAUUAGCUCUGAGGAAACUGGCUGUGGUUUCAUGUGUGGAUGUCUUAGAAAAUUGGAGCAGGGGCUCGAACUGUUUACUCUGCGGCCACAAAGCGGCCGAAUGUAAAUUGUCACUGUAAAAUAUUUCACAGGAAUGGGCGGGUCUCAUUCCUGCAGUGUGCUGUCCUUUUAUAUAUAUUUUUUU